CUGCGAUACGAUAAUCUCCGGAUGUGACGAACCACGAACGGUUGCUCGCAUGAUCCACUUACCGCAAACUCAACGAGCCGUCCUUUCCUUACGAUACCCAUCACCUCUAUCGACAUUCCCCAUUUGAGAAGAAGCGUCGCCGCCGCUGUCGCUUCCCCAGUUUCCAUCCCAGCAAAUAUGGGCAGCGCCGCUGUCGCGGGAGGUGCGAACAGCGCAACCGCUAGCGCACGAGCCUCGCCCGCCGUCGCCUCUGCUGCCUCCGCGAAAUCCAAAACUACCCAAGUUCAGUCAAACGGACACCAUCCCACAAACUCCCAUGUUCCCCUCAGCGCCAUGACAAGCCUGCCGCUCGAACUCUCUUCUGUCGAACGCCGCGGUCAGCCUACCGCCGUAAAGGAACCCGUCAUCAAGAAGAGCCGCCCGUACGGUCUGGGGGAAGCACCCACGUACUGCCCGACCGAGGAAGAGUGGAAAGACCCCUUCGAAUACAUCCGCAAGAUUACCCCCGAAGCCCAGGAGUAUGGCUUGUGCAAGAUCAUCCCCCCCGAUUCUUGGAACCCGGAUUUCGCCAUAGAGACAGAAAAAUUUCACUUCAGAACCCGAAAGCAGGAAUUGAAUUCCGUCGAGGGCAGUACUCGAGCCAGCAUUUCCUACCUCGAUGCGCUUUCCAAAUUCCACAAGCAACAAGGAAAUAACCUUCAUCGCUUGCCAUAUGUUGACAAGAAGCCGCUCGACCUGUACCGACUGAAGAAGGCUGUCGAAUCUCGGGGCGGGUUUAAUAAGGUCUGCAAGCAGAAGAAGUGGGCCGAGAUUGGCAGAGAUCUCGGCUACAGUGGCAAGAUAAUGUCUUCCCUGUCCACUUCCCUCAAAAACUCCUACCAGAAAUGGCUCUGCCCGUACGAGGAGUAUCUGCGUCUCGCCAAACCCGGCGUCCAUCAGCAACUCGAGCUCGAGAACGGCGGGCCCUACACCCCCAGCCCUGGAGGUACCCCGCUGAAACGGUCCAAUGCGAAUUCACCUUCAAGCAUACGACCUGACGCCCCUGACUCACCUACUCGCAAUGCUUCGGACGCUCUCCAAUCCAAUAUCAAUGGGCCUAAGAACGAACCCGAUCACGACACUGCCAUGACCGACGUGCCGCCUCCUGCUCCGAAGCCAGCGUCCUCUGGAUUCAAGGCAAUUAACUCGGGCGGCUUCACGGCUGUGAAUUCCGGGUUUACCAGUGUCAACAAACCCAACCAAUUCGAAGCCGCCGGCACUCCCAACAAGGCAUCUGGCAGCCCUCUCACUUCCGCCAAAAACACCCCAGAGUGUCGUCCGUCCGGGUUGGGUCCCGCGAAUGCGCUGAAGCGACAGAAGAGCUGCGACAGCAUCGACUCGGCCAAGAAGGACACCACCUCGGGAAAGGACGAGGCAGAGAGCGCAAAUAAUAGGCGUAGCAAACGACUCAAGAAAGAACCUGUUCCCACAGUGGCCGGGUCGCACAUGUCCCUGUUCCGGCCGUCCGCGACUAGGGCGCGACGAGAUGAAAGUUCGGCGCCAGGAGAGAGAUGCGAAAGCUGUGGCAAAGCCGGGGAGGGAGGGCCGCUCAUCUCCUGCGAAUCCUGUGACCUCGCCUACCAUGGCUCGUGUCUCGAUCCGCCCCUGAAGCACAAGCCCGACACGGAAUGGAAUUGUCACCGUUGUCUUGUCGGUGACGGUCAGUACGGCUUCGAAGACGGUGGCCUCUACUCUCUCCGCCAGUUCCAGCAGAAGGCUGCCGAUUUUAAGCAGGGCUACUUCGAGAAGAAGAUGCCUUUUGAUCCCGUGCUCAAUUGCCAUCGCCCGGUGACGGAAGAAGACGUCGAGACGGAAUUUUGGCGGCUCGUCACCGAUAUCGAGGAAACCGUCGAGGUCGAAUACGGCGCCGAUAUUCAUUGCACCACCCAUGGAUCGGGUUUCCCCACGAUCGAGAAGCAUCCAAACAACCCUUACUCAACCGAUCCAUGGAAUCUCAACCUCUUGCCACUUCAUCCUGACAGCCUGUUCCGGCAUAUCAAGUCCGACAUAUCCGGCAUGACAGUUCCUUGGGUGUACGUCGGCAUGAUUUUUUCAACGUUUUGCUGGCACAAUGAGGACCAUUAUGCCUAUUCGGCCAAUUACCAGCAUUUCGGAGCAACAAAGACUUGGUACGGCAUUCCUGGCGCAGACGCAGAGAAGUUUGAAGCUGCAAUGAGGGAUGCAGUUCCGGAGCUGUUUGAGACGCAGCCUGAUUUGUUGUUCCAGCUGGUUACCCUUCUCACGCCGGAACAGCUGAAGAAGGCAGGCGUACGAGUAUAUGCCCUGGAUCAGCGCGCAGGACAAUUCGUCAUCACUUUCCCCCAGGCAUACCAUGCAGGCUUCAACCAUGGGUUCAACUGCAAUGAAGCCGUCAACUUUGCACCGUUCGACUGGGAGCCCUUCGGUCUAUCUGGCGUCGAUAGGCUGCGAGAUUUCCGGAGGCAGCCGUGUUUCUCUCAUGAUGAACUCCUCUGGACGGCGGCCGAGGGCACCACUACCAACGCCCUUACCAUCCAGACAGCCAAAUGGCUGGCGCCGGCGCUCGAGAAGAUACACACUCGCGAGCUUGACGCCAGGGCGGAUUUCGUAACGAAACACCUGGAGUCUCAGCCUCACACCUGCACCCUCUCUGGUGCUGAGGAGAGCAACUGUCCCCUUGCCUUCGAGGUGGAAGAUCGGGAUGUCCCAGAAGACGAAUACCUUUGCUUCUUCUGCAAAGCUUUCACGUAUCUGUCUCGGUUCAAGUGUCUCAAGUCGGGCAAGGUCUUGUGUCUCGGCCAUGCGGGCCAUCAACAGUGCUGCGACUUGACAGAGCAGCAGCGACUUUACGGAGAGAAGCAUGUACUGUUCUAUCGGAAAGCUGAUGACGUUAUUCAGGCGACCUUCGCCAAGGUUCUGGAAAAGGCGCGCACACCAGAGGUUUGGGAGGAGAAGUAUGAGAGGCUUCUGGACGAUGAGGCCACGCCGGCUUUGAAGUCGUUGCGUGCCAUGCUGCAUGAAGGCGAACGUAUACCUUACGAGCUGCCUUCUCUGCCUCUCCUACGAGAGUUCGUCGACCGCUGUAACGACUGGGUCGAGGAAGCCACUUUCUAUACUCUCCGCAAGCAACAAAACAGGCGAAAGAGCGACAAGGCCUCGACGGCGCGGAAGAACUCACUGGCGCACGAUCCGAAGGAGCGCGACACUCGCGACGCGUCGAAUAUUUACCGGCUGCUUCGCGAGGCGGAGCACAUAGGGUUCGACUGUCCUGAAAUCACGCAGCUGCGGGAACGGGCCGACGGGAUUGAGGCUUUCCAGAAGAACGCCGCCAAGACUCUGCAGCAUCUGCACACGGCCACUUCCGAGACGAUUGAAGAGCUUCUCGAGGAAGGCCGCUCGUUCAACGUGGAUCUUCCCGAAGUCGAGCGCCUCUCACGCGUCCUAGAUCAACUGAGAUGGAACGACAAGGCUCGCGAGAGCCGGGCGGUCAUGCUGACGCUCAACGAGGUGCGCGAGCUCGUCGAGGAAGGUCGGAAACUUGACAUCCCUCCCUACAACGAUCACUUGGUCCACUACCGCGACCAGAUGAUGCUGGGUCAGCAGUGGGAGGCGAAGGCGCGCGAGCUCAUCGGCGCGGAGACGGUCCACUAUGCGCAGCUUGAAGCCCUCUCGAGCCAGGUAGUGUCGAACUCGCUGCCCGUCGCGGCCGAGACGCUUGCCGCCGUGGACGCCAUUUUGCAUAAACAGCGAGAGGCCCACCGGCAGAUCAUGGACCUCACGGAAAGAUGCCGCCAUCCUAUUCCCAGCCACCGUCCCAAGUAUUCCGAAGUGGUUGAAGUCAUGCGUAAGCUCGAGGAUCUGAACACGAAGCCGAACGGGACGCUGGACCUGGAGCGCGAGCAGAGGCGGCACGAGGACUGGAUGCGGGAAGGCAAAAAGCUCUUUGGCAAGACAAACGCCCCCCUCCACAUCCUCAAGAGUCACAUGGAGUACGUUCUGGAACGGAACAUGGACUGCUUCGAUAUUGUCAAUGACAAGCCCAGAAUGCCGGCCGAGCCUGCUUCGCGCGAAGCCAGCCCCGACGGCGAGGGUAAGGAGCGGACUCGGUGGAACGACCCCCGGUUCCGCGAGGUCUUUUGUAUCUGCAGAAGGCAGGAGGCCGGCAUGAUGAUCGAGUGCGAGCUAUGCCACGAGUGGUAUCAUGGCAAGUGUCUCAAGAUUGCGCGUGGAAAGGUCAAGGAAGAAGAUAAAUACACGUGUCCGAUUUGUGACUGGCGCAGAAAGAUUCCUCGGGAUGCGGCUCGACCAAAGCUUGAAGAUCUCGUCGCCUGGGCCGAGAAGAUCCCGGACUUGCCCUUCCGACCGGAGGAAGAGGAACUGCUCCACAAGAUUAUCGAGAACGGGCAAGAGUUCCGCAAUCACAUUGCAGCAUUCUGCAACCCGCUGGUAUCCACCAAGUCGGAAGCGGACACGCAGCGGUUUUACCUUCGCAAGAUCGAGGGAGCGGAGAUCUUGCUCUCCUACGAGACGAAUUUCUUUCGUCAGGAGCUGCAUAAGUGGUGCCCAGUGGCUCCACAGCCGCCGCCUUUGCUGGAGGUUUCCAAGAGCACGCGCAAACCGCGUCCGACGAAGUUGCAGAAGCUGUUGGCUCAGUUUGGGGUGGAUGAGAUUGACAAACUUCCAGAGCCCGAGAGGACCAAGGCGAUCAGUCUGCGAAAGAAGCAGCAAAAUGCGGAGGCGGCCGCCGCUGCUGCUGCUCACGCAGCGGCGACGUCGGGGUCAGGAUCGGGCGCGAAUGUCUCCCCCGCAGCGUUCGGUCCCUCUCUCUAUGGGCACACGCCUCACCAUGCGUCGCCCACGCCGCCUGGCACCUCGCAGGGACCACUGGGCCGCGUCGGCGGGAGUCGUCAGUCGACGGGGAGCAGCCACGACGCCAUGGAUAUAGACAACGGGCCCACGCUGCACCCCGGGCUCUUACUGCCCAACGGAACACCGGGGCCUCAGUUGGUACAGAACAACUCGGGGAUUUCCCUCGAGGAGCGCCUUCUGAGCGGACAGGAGGAGGGCCUCAACCUGCAGGACCCGGCGGAGAGGAGCAGGGCGCUGGAGAUACUGCAGAGGACGGAGCUCGGAAGGCGGCGGGCAGAGGAGAUUUUCGGACCGGCGGUCUGGAAUCGGGAGCCUGGCUUUCGCAAUACCCCGACGGCGGCAGGCGCUGGGCCGCACGAUGCGCGUGCCGUGGACAGGAUGUUUGAGGAUCUGACGAAUCAGAACGAUGACGACCGGAGGCCGCAGGAUCCAUUGGAAGGGUUCGUCCCGACGGCGGAAAGCCUGGAAAACGAGCGGAACGGAAUGGACGCCCUUCUCGAUGGCGAGUAAUGGGGGGAGGAGGGGGAGAGGGGGUUGGUAGACUCUGCACUGCGUGCUGGUUGUCACCCAUGCCCUCAUGCCUCCAUGCUGCACCGCCUGUCGGUUAUGAUGUGGUCAUCGAUGAGAUGUGGGAUUCUGGCCAGCGUAUCCUUUUCUCUAAUUUGCUUUCUUUUCCCUUCCAGGGGGCAACGGUAGUGGUGGGCAUAGCGUACGGGUAAAGGGC